AUGAUAAUGUCAUGUCGGGGCUUGUAUUUGUGUUCACACAUGUGGGCUCUUUUCACAGCAGGUGCUGGUUUAUUGUGUGUGAGUUUUAACUUAUCUCUGAGCUCAGCGAGGAAAUCUUCCUUCAAGAUGUUUGCUAGCAUAAUUUUUCCUCCUAAUAUGGUGUUAAAGUAACUUAAUAGUCUUACUUUAAUUGUCUCUUUUCCACAUCUAGUUUUCUCUAAUAGCAGUUUGUGUUGGCUGUGAGACAUUUUUGUUUUUUAUAUAUAUCAGUGUUCAGAUGUUCUUAUUUUAGGUCAAAGUGUGUUUUUGUAACUUAAGCGUGUUUUUAACUUGCGUGUGAAAGAGAACUUUUAGUACUCACGUGCGCGUGACAGCUGCUCUCGAGCUUCGGAUGUGUGCGUCCAGAAAAACGUAUAUCAGAAAUUUAAACUGAUAUGGCUUUAAAAUGCGUGAUUUCAGUGCGAUAUACAAGAUAAUCAAAAUAAAAUUGCACAGCCCUGUUCUGGGAAAGAGGGCGGGAGGCAGCAGCUCAUUUGCAUUUAAAGAGAAAUGGACUAAAACAGCCUGUUUCUGCUUCCACUCAAAAUAGGCAUUUUCAAAAUGAUAUAAUAAAGUAUCUGUGUGGUAUUUUGAGCUGAAACUUCACAAACACAUUCUGGGGACACCUGGGCCCGUAUUCAUGAAAAAUCUUCGUGCUAAGAGUUGCUCCUAGUAACAAAAUUCUAAGAAAAUUCGUAGAAAUGUGGGUGUUUCCUCUUACAAUUAAAGAACGGGGUCAGAUAAGAUAAACUAAAAUAAACGUUUUUGUCUUUCCCUCUCUCAGAGUUGCUCUCAGAUUGGAAUCACUUUUAAGUUAAGACUCCUAGUUAGAAAGUUUUAAGCUAAAUUAGGAGCUCUCUAAAAGGAUUCUUAGAAUCUUUAAGAAUAUGAGCCCUGAGAUUUAUAAUACAUCUUGUAAAAAGGGGCAUAAUAGGUGCCCUUUAAAGUUUAUUGACUGAAGUAUGUCAAAUUUAUUCAUGUUGAAAGCAAAAUGCAGCCUGAUGCAAUUAAAAUGAGGAGCGGAAUUUUUAACCAAUAAGAUUUUGCGGUGGGCGGGGCUUCAUCGUGUGACGCGACAAACAUGGAAAGAGUUCUUUUUUUAUUAUUUUAAUAUGUAUAUAAAGAAAAGUAAGAGUUCGGUAUCGUGUGGUAAAUUUUGUCAUACAGAAUGCAAAGGCACAAUGUUUAUGAUGAUAUUUUGUUUUCUUUAGGUGUAUCUGUUUAUUUGUGUAUCUGUUUCAUCGUUAAAUAGUCCGCAUCGCAGCUCUACGAAUGUUCUGACUGAUUUGACACGAGUAUCUCAACUCUCGCUGUAAGGCUUGUGAAGAAAAGGAGGCUAAACAUACAGGGAUCAUCAGCAAGGCAAUGAAUGAAGGAGCCGGUGGGCGGCCCAGGGGGCAGCAGAAGUUCUGUAGUCUGGAUACGGAUGAAGAAAAACACAUGAGUUCGUGUAGCAUGGACGUUAAAGAAAACCGCAACCUGGACAACCUCUCCUCCAAAGAAGUGCUGGGGGAGGGGCCUUACUUAACCAAUGGAAACGCUCGGGGAUUGAGCAGGAAACGCCCUCUGGAGGAGGGCAACAAAGGCCACGGGCAUUCCAAAUUCCGGCCCAAGAAGCGCAGGAAACCGCAAGGGCCGGUCUUGCCAAAAAAUGCUCUCAUGCAACUGAACGAAAUCAAACCGGGACUGCAGUACAAACUUCUGUCUCAGACGGGGCCGGUACAUGCACCCGUGUUCGUCAUGACCGUUGAGGUUAACGGACAGUUAUUUGAGGGCUCAGGCCCAACGAAGAAGAAAGCCAAACUGAAUGCGGCCGAAAAAGCGCUGCGCUCUUUUGUUCAGUUUCCCAAUGCAUCCGAAGCUCAUCUCGCGAUGGGUCGCACGCUGACUGUUAACGCAGACUUCACCUCAGAUCAAGCAGAUUUCCCCGACAUGCUAUUUAAUGGAUUUGAGACGCCCACACCACCUGAUGACACCUUCUUCUUGAGUCUUGGCAGCAAUGGGUCUCUCUGCUCCUUAAAUGAAUACCCUUUGCCCAUGGCGCUGAAAAACAACAACAGGUCAUAUCUUCCUCUCCCACUACCCCCUGCACUCACAACGUCCCCUACAGGCAGUGGCAAAAAUGCUGUGAUGAUCCUAAAUGAGCUUCGGCCUGGACUGAAGUAUGAGUUUGUGGCUGAGAGCGGUGAAAGCCAUGCCAAGAACUUUAUAAUGGCAGUUACUGUAGAUACUCAGAUGUUCCAAGGUUCUGGACGGAAUAAAAAGCUGGCAAAAGCGAGGGCGGCCCAAGCAGCUCUGUCAGGACUUUUUAACAUGCAGUUGGACCAGACGCCAUCCCGACAGCCAAUCCCAAGAGAGGGACUUCAGCUACACCUGCCUCAGGUCCUCGCAGACGCCGUCUCUCAUUUAGUUGUGGAAAAGUUCAGUGAGCUGACGGAUAACUUCACGUCUCCACAUGCACGGCGGAAAGUCCUUGCGGGUGUUGUCAUGACAACUGGUACGGAUGUGAAGGAUGCUCAGGUGAUUUGCGUCACCACAGGAACCAAGUGUAUAAAUGGGGAGUACAUGAGUGAUCGAGGACUGGCCCUUAACGACUGCCAUGCUGAGAUCAUUGCACGUCGCUCCCUCAUCAGAUACCUGUACAGUCAGCUGGAAUACUUCCUCAGCGACAGCACUGAGGAACAUGAGAAAUCCAUAUUCAGAUGGUGUAGUGAACAUGGCUACCGGCUAAAAGACGAUAUUCAGUUCCAUCUGUAUAUCAGCACGUCGCCCUGCGGAGACGCCCGGAUCUUCUCCCCUCAUGAGGCUGGUGCCGAGGACCAGGGUGACCGGCAUCCAAACCGCAAGGCUCGUGGACAACUGCGAACCAAGAUUGAGUCUGGAGAAGGUACAAUACCCGUUCGUACUAGUAACACCAUUCAGACCUGGGAUGGAGUGUUGCAGGGAGAACGACUGCUAACCAUGUCGUGUAGUGACAAGAUUGCCAGAUGGAACGUCAUCGGAGUGCAGGGGUCUCUUCUGAGUUACUUUACAGAACCCAUCUAUUUCUCCAGUUUAAUUUUGGGAAGUCUGUACCAUGCUGACCAUCUUUCCAGAGCCAUGUACCAGCGCAUCGCCGACAUGGAUGAUCUGCCCAAGCCGUUUGCGGUCAACAGACCUCUUCUUAGUGGUAUCAGUAACACAGAAGCAAGGCAACCUGGGAAAGCUCCCAACUUCAGUGUCAACUGGACAGUCGGCGAUCAGGGGUUGGAGAUCAUUAACGCCACCACAGGAAAAGAUGAUCUCGGAAGACCGUCUCACCUCUGUAAACACGCCCUCUACAGUCGCUGGGUCUGUCUACAUGCCAAGCUCAGUGAGACUCUGCGGAUCCGAGGAUCUUGGCCAGGCUCCUACCACGAGGCAAAACAAGUGGCAGUGGAGUAUCACGCGGCCAAACAGACUCUCUUCAAAGCUUUCUACAAAGCAGGACUUGGAGCAUGGGUUGAAAAACCCAUUGAACAAGACCAGUUUUCCCUUACCUCUUAAGAUAAACCAAGAGAAAGGGAUUGUCGGCAAGAAUCUUUUGUACAUUUACAUGGAAUGCAAGGUUUUAAUCUAACCUCCGUAGUUGUUGUUUUUUUUCCCUCUGUUAUUACUGAUAGUUGCUUGGUUUCUUUUAUCCAUAAAAAACAUGGUUCUGUUUACUCAAAAAAUGGCUGAGUUAAAAGAGACCCAGCUGAAAUCUUGUCGUUGGGUGUGAACAAUACCUUUCGCUAAACCUACCAAUCAAGGUGGCUUGCACAAUUAAUCACAUUGACUAUAAUGCUGGCUUAAUUUUACCUCAGAAUGAUUUUAAGUUACAUCUAUAAUUGUAUUAGGUAGUGGAUCACUGUUUUCACUCCAAUUAAAUAAUGUAAAAAUUUGAAUUUACCAAGGAGGUUCCCCACAGGACGUUUUCGCUCAGGACAGGAGACAAAACGAUCUAUAUUAUGGUUGCUAUAAACCAGCAGCUUGGUUGCACACUUUCUGCCACCUUUUUAAACACCCUUACAUUAAAUAACUUCUAAUGGAAUUGAAUUAUUUUAUUCUCUAUAGCAUCUUUUUGACAUUUAGCUAACCUAAGGUGCUUAAAUAACAGUCCAGUUGCGAUAAUAAUAAUUAAGCGUUAUAUUAAUUAAGCCGGAGAGGUUUUAUUCGCUGCAUGACUUUUAUAGUGGCCCACUUUUUCACCUCCCUUUUGAUGUCUGCUAACUCCAAUAGUUACAAAUAUAGGCCAAUAGCAGUAAUUGACCAAUAUGUGUAGCUAAAAAUAAUCCAAUAAAAUGACCCAACAGGCUCAGCCCAGUUUUGGAUAGUCAAAACCCAGUGUUUUUUUGUUUGUUUGUUUUUUUAAUACUUGUAAAUGUAUUUUUAUGUACAUGUUUUUUGUCUAAAACCACAUUUCCACUUUAUUGUAAAUGUGACAGUUUAGUUUUCUGUUUUAACUGAUUUUAUCACCCAAUUUCUUGUUUAAUGUUUAGAAUGUGAUGCCAUUUUAUUGAAAACAAUAAAGACUGAACUGUUUCAUCCGAAAUCUAAAUGAAUCAGAUUACGAUUGGGGAACAUUUGUUGCUUUUAAAGAAAAAAAGUGGUAAAGUGAUUGUAAUUAUGUAAAUAAUUUACAAUGUUACAGAUUCCAGAAAAUUACUUGAGAUUUCAUAUUUAUUACUUAGGUCUUGCCUCAAAAAGCUGUUUUAUGUGGCUUUGUGUUCCUGUUUGCAUGUGUCCAUGCAGUACACAAGACGUAGGGUGUCUCAUUCAUCAUUUUACAUUUUAAAAGGGUGCUUUUUAGCCGCAGUGCACACUUUUGCAAAGCACUGAAGUGAACUUCACACUGGGUUUCAACCCAACAGUCUAUGCUGCAUUUUGUCACCAAAGUGUUGAGUCGUCAGAGGACUAAGAGCAACAUUUGAGACCAGGCCGUUAUUAUUUUGUUUGUCUCAGCUCAGCAGGAGCUCUAGGAUCAAUGUAAAGUCUAUUACUCAACCUAGUUAUGUUGAGAACAUGUCCUGGAAAACUCCCAUGAUGCCAGUGUGUUCUGCAAUUCAGGAUGCUCUUUGUUGUCUGAACUAAACUCCCGCAUGAAUUCGGUUUGAACUGGUUCUUCCGGGCCGGAAUCAGAAGUGCUUUAAGUGCUGCAUCUAAGCAAAGACUCGACAGUUUUUCCAUGAGAGGAAAAGUAUGAAAGGAACUGUACUGUAAGAAAAUAAAAUGAUCACUGUC